AUGAGUAAUGCUUCAGGACUCCUGGGAGCAGCUGGUGCCCCCCUGGUGUCAGCAACCUGGCUGCCACCCGGCCCCCCACCGGCCAUGCCCACCGAGCCCCCCGGGCUGCAGAGGGACCCUGCGGGCAACAGCUCCCAGGGUGCUUCCCAGCUGUUCCUCACCACCUCGCUGGCCCGUGGCAUCUCGGGUGUUUUCGUGUGGACCGCCCUGGUGCUCACCUGCCACCAGAUCUACCUGCACCUGCGCUCCUACACGGUGCCCAGCGAGCAGCGGUACAUCAUCCGCCUGCUGCUCAUCGUGCCCGUCUACUCCUUCGACUCCUGGCUCAGCCUCCUCCUCCUCGGGAGCCACCAGCACUACAUCUACCUGGACUCCCUGCGGGACUGCUACGAAGCCUUCGUCAUUUAUAGCUUCCUGAGCCUCUGCUUCCAGUACCUGGGGGGCGAGAGCGCCAUCAUGGCUGAGAUUCGGGGAAAGCCCGUCCGGUCCAGCUGCCUGUACAGCACCUGCUGCCUGCGGGGCAUGGCCUACUCCAUCGGGUUUCUGCGCUUCUGCAAGCAGGCCACGCUGCAGUUCUGCGUGGUGAAGCCCGUCAUGGCCUUGGUCACCAUCAUCCUGCAGGCGGUCGGCAAAUACCACGACGGGGACUUCAACGUCCACAGUGGCUACCUGUAUGUCACCCUCAUCUACAACGCCUCCGUCAGCCUGGCCAUGUACGCCCUGUUCCUUUUCUACUUCGCCACCAGGGAGCUCCUGCAGCCCUUCGAGCCCGUUCUUAAGUUCCUCACCAUCAAGGCCGUCAUCUUUCUCUCUUUCUGGCAGGGGAUGCUGCUGGCCAUCCUGGAGAAGUGUGGGGUCAUCCCUGAGGUCCAGAUCUUGGACGGGAGCAGGGUGGGGGCCGGCACGCUGGCCGCCGGCUACCAGAACUUCAUCAUCUGCAUCGAGAUGCUCUUUGCCUCCAUUGCCCUGCGCUACGCCUUCACCUGCCAGGUGUACUCGGAGAAGGACAACUCGCCAGCCCCCACGGCACCCAUGCAGAGCAUCUCCAGUGGCCUCAAGGAGACCAUGAGCCCUCAGGACAUUGUGCACGACGCCAUCCACAACUUCUCGCCCACCUACCAGCACUACACGCAGCAGGCCACGCAGGAGGCCCCGGCCCCCGGCUCCCACCCCGGCGCGGCGGGUGGGGACCGGAAGAGCCGCAACGUGGAGAAGAGAAUGCUGAUCCCCUCGGAGGAGCUGUAG